GGUAUACAAUUUGAUUUAUUUGUAUUAAUGUAAACGUAUAUUUGUAUAAUAUUUUUAAGAAUAUCUACCUAGACAGCUACGAUACGAUGAAAAUUACAAGUACCAAUUUAUUAUUUUUGUUCAUGUCUCCUAUAAUGUAUUCACCAAGUCUCAAUAUUAUAACUAUAGAGGUAUUCGGAAACUAAAGAUUCAAAACUAAAAAGUCAACAAUUUCAAAACUCCGUAAAAAAUGUUUUCAGUAAAUAAACGUAUGUUGCGGAUGAAAUUUCACUAUUUUCUUUAUUUGGGUGGUGUUGCUUCAAUCGUAGGAUUUUCUCCGACCAUAGCUAAACAAAUGGGCUAUUCACCGAUGUUAGUUGGUUACCUUUACACAUAUCUAUCUAUUUUAUCCUUUUUAGUAAAGCCUAUUAUUGGAUUCAUAGUUGAUAGAUUUCGAGUGAAAAGAAUCAUGUUUUUAGUAUUUGUUUUGAUAUGUGGUAUAACAGCAUUUGCGUUAAACUUUAUUCAAAAACUACCAAUGAAAACAACCGCGAUUUUAAGUUGUAAUACCACAACAGUAUUGGACGUUUGUUCAAACGUUGCUGACCUGCAGUUGCCUGAAUGCGAUGACAGUCUAUCUAAACUCUUAAUAAACAAUUCUGUGUCAAUUACAUGUCAAUUGUUUUGUCAACCAAAUAAAUCAUUUCGGGAUGAAAUAUGUAAAUCUUGGGGUAUGGAUUAUUGUAUACCUCAAUAUAACACAGAUACAAACAAUAAUCUUGAAUAUUUCAAUGUAUCUUUGUUCAAAAGCAUAACAAAUCAGAUAGAAAACAAUUUUGGGUUUGAAGUGAAUUCGGCGCAAUUCAAGGAAAACCAGGUUUUAUUUCCCGCAUGUUUAAAACCAGUGUGUACUCGAUGUGAGAUCGACUGCUCGAAUGGUGUAAUUAUGGAAUUAGCUACUGUUACAAAAUUUGAAGCAAAUAUUUGGAACAUUCUUAGUUUUCAUCAGUCUUGGGAAUAUUUCAUUGUUAUGAGUUUAUUUUGGAUUGGCCAAGCAAUCACUUGGAGUCUUCAAGAUCCAAUUUGCUUUGAUCUCUUAGGUGCUGAAUUUGAAGAUUUUGGUAAACAGAGGUGUUGGGGAUCUAUUAGUUGGGGACUUUUCUCGAUAUUUGGCGGAGCACUUAUUGAUUAUUUUAGUAAUAGUGAUAUUCACAAGAACUACUCACCGAUUUACUAUCUAUGUUUUAUAAUCGUAAUGUGUGAUUUUGUAGUAGCUUACAAAAUAAAAAUAACUGAGACAAUUGGAUCUAAAAAUACACUAUCAGACGUAUUCAAAUUGCUAAAUAAUGUGAAUAUUGUGAUAUUUUUUUUGUGGAUCAUACUAAUGGGUGUUUGUACAUCUAUGGUGUGGAAUUAUUUAUUUUGGUAUAUGGAGGAUUUAACUCGGAAGUAUCACAGUGAAAAGAAAUUGUGGAUAAAAACAUUACAAGGUUCAGCCCUAGGAAUUCAAUGCAUUGGCGGUGAAAUGCCAUUUUUAUUUUUUUCUGGUUGGAUUAUCAAACGAAUUGGCCAUUCGCAAUGCAUGGCGUUAGGUCUUUUCACUUUUGCUAUUAGGUUCUACUUGUACUCUAUUAUAACCAAUCCUAUUUGGAUACUGCCAGUUGAAUUCACCAACGGCAUUACAUUCGGAUUGUGUCACGCUGUAUUGAUGGAAUAUGCAAGAAUCGUCGCUCCUGCAAGUGCUGUUACUACUGUGGUAGGAUUUUCUGGAGCACUGUUUGAAGGUGUAGGUAUAUCUUUAGGUGGUUUGAUUGGUGGAUUUUUUUAUGGAAAAUUCGGAGGAGUAUCAACAUUUAAGUUAUUUUCUAUCUGCUCCUUAUUCAUGGGCAACCAUCUUUUCUGACAAAAAAUACAUAUUAAAUAAGAUCGUUUUCGUAAACAAAAAACUAAAGAAGGAAAAAACAGAACACAAA